UCCAUCUGCUCCUAAUAGUCCACAUCAAAUCACACGCUCUCUUGUACACAUCGGCUAAUCAAUUAAGGUCUAGCUUGACAAAAGAGACAAUGGCCUUAGCUUCGCAUAAGCUUUGUAUUGCGCUGACAUGCGUACUGCUGCUGUCGUCGUCCGCGUGCCAUGGCCUGGAGGUGGGUUUUUACAAGAAGACAUGCCCCCGCGUGGAGGCCAUCGUGAGGGACGAGGUGAAGAAGUUCGUCUACAAGGACGCCGGCAUCGGCGCCGGCCUCAUCCGCAUGUUCUUCCACGACUGCUUCGUCCAGGGAUGCGACGGCUCGGUCCUCCUGGACCCGACGCCGGCCAACCCGCAGCCGGAGAAGCUGAGCCCUCCCAACUUCCCCAGCCUCCGCGGCUUCGAGGUGAUCGACGCGGCCAAGGACGCCGUCGAGAAGGAGUGCCCCGACGUGGUCUCGUGCGCCGACAUCGUCGCCUUCGCCGGCCGCGACGCAGCCUACUUCCUUAGCAAGAUGACGGUCAAGAUCAACAUGCCGGCGGGCCGCCUCGACGGCCGCAUUUCCAAUUCCACGGAGGCCCUCGACAACCUGCCGCCACCAUUCUUCAACCUCGACCAGCUCGUGGCCAGCUUCGCCGCCAAGGGCCUCAGCGCCGAGGACAUGGUCGUGCUCUCCGGCGCCCACACCAUCGGGGUCUCCCACUGCUCGUCCUUCGUCUCCGACCGCAUCGCCGUCGCCUCCGACAUCGACGCUGGCUUCGCCAACUUCCUGAGGAGGAGGUGCCCCGCUAACCCGAGCAUGGCCAACGACCCCACGGUGAACCAGGACGUGGUGACCCCCAACGCUCUCGACAACCAGUACUACAAGAACGUCCUCGCGCACAAGGUGCUCUUCACGUCGGACGCCGCCCUUCUUACGGCGCCGGCGACGACGCAGAUGGUGCGCGACAGUGCAAACAUCCCCGGGCAGUGGGAGGCCAAGUUUAACCAGGCCAUGGUCAAGAUGGGAGCCAUCGAUGUGAAGACCGGCAAGCAAGGCGAAAUCAGGAGGACGUGCAGGGUCGUCAACCAGUGAUCGAUCCAUGCAUGCGUCGUCACGGCGUCGCGUUAAAUUCGUUUAUGCGCUUUAGUUUUGCAUUGUCUGAGGCCACCUACUUGUGAUUUUCGUUCAAUUUCAUGCAUGUGAAUGGUUGUUAGGCUGUGUUCAAAUUCUUUGUUGGCUGCUUAUUGAUGCUGCAGUUGAGUUCUGCUUGGGUAACAGAUUUUGAUGCAGAUUAAAGGUAAAGAUUGCAAGUUACCCCUUCAAUCAAAAAGUUUAGAUUGUUCUGA